GCCAUUAUUUCUUAAUGUACCUAACUUCAUGCGAUAGCAUUACGACGCCGCACAGGACAGACACGAGUGUUUCUCAUAAUUGUGUCCAACGUUUCAUCGAAAUGGCGGAGAAAUCACGUCGAGUGGCGCAAACAGAAGAUUUAUCAAAUGUCGAGUUUGAAACCAGCGAGGAUGUCGAAGUUAUUCCCACCUUCGACAAUAUGGGCCUUCGCGAUGAGCUAUUACGCGGGAUUUACGCGUAUGGUUUUGAAAAACCAUCCGCCAUUCAACAACGAUCCAUUAAACCUAUCAUGAAGGGUAGAGAUGUGAUAGCUCAGGCGCAAUCUGGUACAGGAAAAACUGCUACUUUCUCAAUUGCGAUAUUACAGUCACUAGAUACUCAAGUACGAGAAACUCAGGUUCUAGUUCUCUCACCUACUCGGGAACUUGCAACUCAAAUUCAGAAAGUUAUACUUGCACUGGGAGAUUUUAUGAAUGUACAAUGCCAUGCUUGCAUUGGUGGCACAAAUCUUGGGGAAGAUAUCAGGAAACUUGAUUAUGGACAGCAUGUUGUAUCUGGAACACCUGGCAGAGUAUUUGAUAUGAUUAAAAGGAGGGUACUCAGAACUAGAGCUAUCAAAAUGUUGGUACUAGAUGAAUCUGACGAAAUGUUGAACAAAGGCUUUAAGGAACAAAUUUAUGAUGUGUAUCGAUAUCUUCCACCAGCGACACAAGUUGUUUUAGUUUCGGCCACUUUACCACAUGAAAUUCUUGAGAUGACUAGUAAAUUUAUGACAGAUCCCAUUCGUAUUCUUGUCAAACGUGAUGAACUGACGUUGGAAGGAAUCAAGCAGUUCUUUGUUGCUGUAGAACGAGAAGAAUGGAAAUUCGACACAUUAUGUGAUUUGUAUGAUACAUUAACGAUAACACAAGCUGUUAUCUUUUGUAAUACUAAACGUAAAGUAGACUGGUUAACGGAAAAAAUGCGAGAGGCUAACUUUACAGUAUGUUCUAUGCAUGGGGAUAUGCCACAGAAGGAACGAGACAACAUAAUGAAAGAAUUUCGAUCUGGUCAGAGUCGGGUAUUGAUUACAACGGAUGUUUGGGCGAGAGGAAUCGAUGUUCAGCAGGUAUCGCUCGUAAUUAACUAUGAUCUGCCUAACAAUCGUGAAUUAUAUAUUCACAGAAUAGGUCGAUCGGGACGUUUCGGUCGUAAAGGUGUAUCAAUAAACUUUGUAAAAACUGAUGAUAUAAGAAUUCUCCGAGAUAUCGAGCAAUAUUAUUCUACACAAAUAGACGAAAUGCCGAUGAAUGUGGCAGAUUUGAUAUAAGUGUGAAAUUUAUGACUGGACUGAAUAUUUUUCGCACACAAAGAAUUCUUUAACUUUAUUUGUAAUAUUUACAAAAUAGAAUAUGCCUCUAUAAGUAACAUUAUAUGUCAACAGUUUCCAAAUUAGUUUGCUUAAGAAUCUUUGACAAAUGUCAUAACCU